AACUCUUUUGCGGAAAGCAGCUGUCAUUGUGAAACGAACCAUCUUUGUCAACUCUUACUUAUCUUCCUUUCCCCUUCUCCUUUAUCGCAACCACUUAAACAAAGCUUUUCACAGUCCCAUCAUCCAUGGCUCAUAAAAUCCUCCCCUGUUUCUCCGGCAGCGUUUAACCGGACCAUGGCGGAGCGGCCCAACAAGGCGGCGGCGGCGGCGGCGGGAAUUGGAGUUCGGAAGCUUAAGAUUUUCCCUCAUGCUUCUAGCCUUGCCUCCAUCGAAUCCUUAUCUCUGCCUCUCGUUCAGGAAAUCGUGUUCGCGGCGGACAUUGGCUGCGCUGAAUGCCAGAAGAAAUUAGCGAAUAUUCUUGCCAAAAUGAACGAUACAGAGUCUGUGGUGGUGAAUUUGCUGGACAAGAAAGUGAUAUUGACACGAAAAUUGCAGAUUCCAACGAGUAGAGUUUCAACGAUCAAGAGAUUGCUUGGUUCUUCUUUCCGAUAAUGGCGAAGAUAUUGUGAUAUAUAAUGAAAUAUUUUCAGUCAAGUUCGUAGAUAAAAAAAGGAUCACACUCUUUCUUGUUUAGUUUCAGCGAUUAUUGUUUUUAUGAAAAUAUUAAAUAUUGGGUUCUGAAUGCAACAAAAUGAAAGAUGGUUUUUAUGAGAGUUGAAAGGGGCGAGUUUAGCUCAACGUAAUUAUGGGUUUAA